UAAAUCAUAUCAUAGCUUGGUUAUUGCCUAAUAUUUUCUUAGAUUAUAGCUUGGUGUGUGGCUUUGUUUUUCCACAACUUCUACAAAAUUUUCAAGUAUGGCUAGCCUCCCAAUACUAUCAACUGCCGCAAGAAGAUUGGAAGGUAAGGUGGCUCUGAUCACAGGCGGGUCUGCCGGCAUUGGAUCCUACACAGCCAAGCUAUUCUGCCAACACGGCGCCAAAGUCAUGAUUGCCGACAUCCAAGAUGAUCUUGGCCAUUCGAUUUGCAAGGACUUAGGUCCAACUCAUGCUUCCUUCGUCCACUGUGAUGUCACAAAUGAAAUGGAUGUCAAAAAUGCAAUUGACAAGUCUGUUGCCAAGCACGGCAAGCUUGACAUAAUGUUCAACAAUGCAGGCAUCGGAGGAAUUAAAAGACCCAACAUUUUUGACAACCAUACAACUGAUUUUGAGAAAGUUUUUCGUGUUAACGUAGUAGGUCCAUUUUUGGGCACCAAGCACGCAGCUCGUGUGAUGAUACCGGCUCGUUGUGGAACAAUAAUCAACACGGCUAGUGUUUGCACUGUGAUUGGAGGUGGUGUUUCACAUGAUUAUGCAUGUUCCAAGCAUGCAUUGCUCGGGCUCACCAGGAACACCGCGGUGGAACUAGGAAAGUUCGGAAUUCGUGUUAAUUGUGUGUCACCUUAUUUAGUUCCAACUGCGAUGGCCAGGGAUUUUUAUGAACUGAAAGAUGAGGAAUUCAAUGAUAUAUAUUCAAACCUCAAAGGGGUGUCUCUCAAGUCAGAAGAUGUGGCCAAAGCUGUUUUGUAUUUGGCUAGUGAUGAGUCUAAAUACGUGAGCGGACACAAUUUGGUCAUUGAUGGUGGUUUUUCGGUUGUAAAUGAAGGUUUUUCAAUGUUCAAGGAAUGAAAAAUGGUGCUCUGUUUUGAGUUGAUCAAUUUGACAAUAAGUUGAGUUUAUUUUAAUAAGCUUAUGUUCUUACAAGUGUGCUAGUGAAUAUAUUCUUAAGUCUUGGUUGAAUAGUCAAAUAUGUGCAAGAAAUGUGGAGUCUCAAGAUUUGGUAGACUCUGUAGUCAAUUUUUUAAGUGUUUUCUAAUGUGCCACGUCGUACUACUUUGAAGAAAGAAA